GGUGAAAUCUGGCAUCUCCUCAAAGAUACCUUCAGUAUAUCUCAAGAUGCAGAUUUUAUUGUGCACCAACCAGCGGAUCGUGAAGAUGUGUACUCGUACGAGUACAAAGAUGGCCCAGGCCCCAACACCCAGAAUCUGGCCUUUGAUCUCAAACACAGAUUUAACACCCCCUGGAAUGCGAAAAUUCUUGAUAUUCUCCUUGAAGAAUUGAAGAAGAGGAGUGUAGAAGAGGAGUGGCCGUUCCAGAGGUCGGAUGGCUAUUAUAAGGCGAUACUUGAAGAUCGCUACAAGCGGCUGCGGAUGGUCUGGAGAGCAGCACAACCAAAGGUUACAGCAAAGGGCAGCUUGGAGACUGCGGCAGAAGUGGAGGAGAGGUUAAUUGCAAAAAGAGGUGAAAAUCUGAAGUCGGUUCGUCAAACAACUCGUCGGUGA